AUGUGGCAUCACGCCACGAAGAGGCGUCGAAGGCCCGCGCGGUGGAAACCACCGUGUUAUUCUAUCGCGUUCGUGUGCGUGCUCACCGUCGCACUCACGAGGACGUCGCCGCGUCGCGAGACGAUUGCUGUUAGAGCGCUGAAACUCGCCGAUGGUGUCGCUGACGCUGAUUACGCCGACGCCGACGUGCGGAAAGAUAGUGACGAUGAACGCGGGGCAGACACAAAUCACAAGCGUACACGCGCGAGCUUUGAGACGUGUUCGUCUUGCUCCACAUGCGUGCCUCAUUCCGAGCUGGGCGAAGACGACGUCGUCGACUCGCGUGGGUGGUGCGAGCGCUGCGACUGCGACGUCAAAGUUGAGCGCAUCGACGCGGGAAAUCCAGGGAGGUAUGUCGGCAAAUCUGAGGCAAUGGUGUUGCGAGGAGUUACGAGCGAAGGGAAAAAGGUGAGCGUCAAGGCUUGGUGCGGUAUUCGUGGACAAUUUCGUCAACACGCAAACGCGACGCCGGUUGACGAAACGUGUGGCGGUUUCCACAGUCAGCGUGAUCGAUCCCCGGAAAGGAUAUCAGCCAUCCAUCGAUUGAUCGAAACAAUGGGGUUCGGGCGACUUGUGUCGCCUACGGAGGCAAAGACUUUGAAGUUUUUCACGCCACGCGACACACGUUCUCUUGGUGGAAAGCAAAACACUCACGUUCUCGUCACAGACUGGGCAAAGGGAAUCGCGCCAACUGAUAUCAAUGGUGCCAGACCAGGCCAGAACAUGAUGACGAAAGAACUUUUUCUCGUUGUAUCGCGACUUAAGCGAGAGGACGUCAUAGGGAUGACUCUGAUGGACUUCCUCCUUGGUAACCACGACAGAAAUAUAUUCAACAUCUUCAUCGACGAAGCCAAAGGGUCGUUGAUGCUGAUAGACAACGAGGACAUGUUGAAACGUGAGGACGAAACCAGCACAGUGAGCAUUCCCGGGACGCGCCAUCACUGGCACUAUGUUGCAGGUUAUGUGAUCUAUGAGAAAGAAAAAACUUUGCCGUGGAUGGAAAGGUGCCACGCAAAGUCUGCCAACGAAACUAAACCGGCGUGCAUCGUGGAGCUUGAAAACGGAAACUGGUCACCGACUAUCGGAGCUAUCUUAGAUUACAGAUGUUGGGUGGAGGGGGGUGCCAUUCACCGCACGUUUCCUUCCACGUUUAGCGCGUUUUUGGCGGAAGUCACUGACGCAACAAUAGAGGAGUUGAUGGAAAAGUACAGCAUCGCCGAAGAAGAUGUCGCCUUUCUGAAAGAUCGCGCGACUUUAUUGAAUCGUUACGGCUUUGAGGGUGCGCUUAAGACUACUUUGCUUCAAGCAGAAAGUCAGUAUGACAUUAAUGCGCCGUGUUGCGAUCCAUUAAAUUGUCCGUGGCCCGUGGAAGAGUCACUAAAAGCCAGACGCGAGAUGAAAACGUCACACUUUGGGCCGUAUGUGCGAAAUCAUAAGGAGUUGAAUGCGAUCGCACAGAGUUUCAUCGGACCGAACGAUGCCCAAAGUGUUACGUCUUUCCUAGAGUCUUUAGUUCGAAUUCAAGAUGAUCAAGCCAACCUCGGUCGUGGCGAAAGAGUUGAGGAUCAUCAACGAAACAAACGCGCGCCGACGGUCGAGGCGCCGCAACAUGAUGAUAUACCGCUGCUGCUGUCGUCGAGCGAUCCGAGUUUUCAGUGGAACAACAUCGAGCGCGUUGACGCAUCUACACUAUCAAUUGACGCGUUCGAGCGGAAAUACGUCAAGGAAGGGCAACCAGUGGUGAUCGAAAACGCUAACCUUGCAACUGUGCUACGAAGCGUCGUGACGCGAGAGCUCAUUUUAGAUUUAUGCGGCGAUGCAUUCGCCGACUUGGGGUCGAAAAUAGUGCCAUUGUUCCAGUCUAUGACGAAAACGACGCAUCAAAAACUUUUGCGAGAUCUUUCCGAACGUCUCGAAACGACACGAGGUUUGACGCUGAAUGAAACGUUGGAUUUUCUCGAAGGCAAAGGAAAGAUUAAAACACUGAGAGAUUUUUUCGAUAGUGAGUUGAUGGGGGAAUCCAAAAUAGCCAGAAAACGCGGCGUGGACUUUUUACACCCAGCGGAUAAUUUAUGGCCACCGAGCGUACACUCGUGGCACAUUAUUGAACAAUGUCCGGCACUCGCCGAACGCGUCAAAGCAGCUGUCGAAACGAAAUUGCGCGGAGACUGGUCGUAUAUCUCCAAGAUACUCUUUCGCGAGCGACCUACGGAGUUCAAAAAGUUUAUGCUCUUCGCCAGUGGCGAUGGCGUUCGAGCGUAUCACGCGCAUCAUCACGCCAAACCGGCUCACGUGAUGGUUUUAGUGGUUCAAGGCUCGAAACGCGCCGUCGUCUGGGAUCGCGCCGAUGAGGAAAACCUCUACCCGCUCUCCGCGCGCGUCGGCGGUGAAGAGUUGUACAAUCCCGUCUAUCUGGGGAACGCCUUCAACGUCGACUUGGACAAACAACCCAAAAUCGCGCGUUCGCGCGGCUUCGGCGCCGUCGUCGAGGCGGGCGACAUUUUAUUCAUGCCGUGCGGUUGGAUUCACUCCUUCGAGAACGUCGGCGAAACCAUCCAGCUCGUGUGGUCGCCGUCGAUCAGUUACGACGCCGGCGAACAAUCUGUCGUGCCCAUCUCGGACGACGGCGUGGCAAAGUAUUGCCCAAACGAGAACGGUCGAGACGGCUUCACGCGCGAGUCCGCGGAUCGAGAUCGAGAUCGAGAUCGAGAUCGAGAUCGAGAUCGGGGCGGUACGCCCGUAUAA